AUGGGUAUUAAAGACAUCAGCGCCAUGAAAAAUGGGUUCAUAGUGGUGCCGUUCAAAUUGCCGGAUCACAGUGCACUACCUAGGAGUAAGGAAGCCUCGUUACAUUUCAUGUUCGCUAAGAAACACCAGAGUUCGAACGUCAACGAAUCCAAUUGUUUAUUUUUAGUCAAUCUUCCAUUAUUAUCUAACAUAGAGCAUAUGAAAAAAUUUGUUGGACAGCUUUGUGGGAAAUAUGAUACAGUAUCCCAUGUAGAGGAAUUACUAUAUAACGAUGAGUUUGGACUACAUGAAGUGGACUUAUCAGCGUUGACUUCCGAUCUAAUGUCCUCCACUGAUAUUAACGAGAAGAGAUAUACACCAAGAAAUACAGCUCUAUUAAAAUUUGUUGAUGAUGCAAGCAUAAAUAAUUGCUGGAAUGCUCUAAGGAAGUACUCGACUUUGCAUUCCAAGCACUCAAACGAAUUAUUUGAAUGGACAUAUACCACUCCAUCAUUCACAACAUUUAUCAAUUUCUACAAACCUUUAGACAUUGAUUAUUUGAAAGAAGAUAUUCACACACAUAUGGCGAUUUUUGAACAGCGCGAAGCUCAAGCGCAAGAAGACAUUCAAAGCUCAAUAGUAGAUGAGGAUGGUUUUACCUUAGUUGUGGGAAAGAACACUAAGUCAUUAAAUUCCAUAAGAAAGAAGAUUUUAAACAAAAAUCCAUUAUCCAAACAUGAAAAUAAGGUCAAACCAGUUUCCAAUAUAGAUAAAAAGGCAAAGAAAGAUUUCUAUAGAUUCCAAGUCAGAGAACGUAAGAAGCAAGAGAUCAAUGAGUUGUUAGGUAAAUUCAAGGAAGAUCAAGAAAGGAUCAAGAUAAUGAAAGCGAAGAGAAAAUUCAAUCCAUACACCUAA